AACGGACGGCGCGAAGCGAACAUGGCUGAAUGUUUGUCAGAAAUCACUAAUACAGCUGGUCCUGUAGAUGCCAAGGAAGAACUCUUGAAUGAAUGUGAAAGUCUUUGGAAGCAGAUGGAAGAGUGUCAGAGCAAGUUAAUGCUUCUAGGAACAGAGACACUGCCACGAUCAGAUACUAAGCUUUCCUUGUUAAUGCUGCAGUGGAAAGCUUUAACAGUAGAGUGUCGUCAGUGGCAAGUGAAAAAUCCUGAAAUAAUUUCUACCAAUCCAGAUGUACUGUUAGAAUUAGGAAAAGAAGAGUUGCAGAAGACAAAAAAUGAGCUUGAAAUGUUGCUGUCAGCAGUUCGGUCAAAGAAUAAAAAACUGGAAGAAGAUCUGAAAAGAGAACAGCAGUGGUAUGAGGAACAGAAACGGAUGCUAGAUACUGUAAAUGAAACUGAAGAAGACAAAAAUACCCAAGUUGAACAACCUUCUACAAAAAGAGAAUUCAGUAACCUGAAAAGUGAAAUACGGAAAUUAAGGACCUUUAAGAAAGAGCUCUUGAAUGCUUUGGGUGGAUUUCUGGAUGAACAUUAUCCCCAUCCGGGGAAAGGUGAAAAUUAUAAAAAAAAGAAGUCUUCUGCAGAGCCAGCUGUAGAACUGAUAACAUUGAAGGAAAUUUUAGAGAAUGUGAUGAACAAAUUAAUUACCACGCCAUUUGAACCUUACAUAACAAUCAAUGAAUCAUUUUGGCCACCUUAUAUUGAGCUGCUGCUCCGAUAUGGAAUUGCCCUGAGACAUCCACAAGAUCCAAAGAGAAUACGCCUCCAAGCUUUUCACAAGUAGCAUGACCUACACAUGCACUUGAAAACAAAACAACACCAGUACUCUUAAUUCAGGGAUAGGACAUACUAAGGUUUCAUAGUAAGCUUUCUUAGUAUCAACCAUCACUUCUCAUUGUAUUUUUUUUUUAAUUGAAGUGGAUAUUUAGGAGCAUGACGUGAGGAAAAAAAAAAAAAGGAAUCUAUUUUAACAACUUACAGUUGAACUUCAGUGUUAUAUGAAAAUUUGCAUUGUGGAAGGUUUUUUGAACUGCUUCUGUAAGAUGCUAAUUGAUGUAAUAGACAAAGAUUUUAACACUUCUUUUUACUUUAAAAAUUUUAUUUUCGACAUCACUUAGCUUUCUUACAUUGCCUGAAGUCAUCUUAAUUUCCUUUUGUAUUUUCUUGUACUCUGUAGAGUGCAUGGCCUUGCAAACAUUUGGAACUAACAAACAGGUAUCCUCUCAAGGAUGUAUUAUGCCUUGUUUGUUUCUCAGAGCAUUUGCAAAAUACUUUAUUGGUUCCAAGAUAAACACUUGGAAAGCUGACACAUCUUUCUGUGCAAAGUGCAGCAGAUGUUGAAUCUGCACCUUUCACUUCAUGCUUCCCAAAUGGCCCAUUUUGUGUUGUGCUAUAUUGCCUUACACUAUCUACCUUCACUUUUUCAGACCUAGUUUAUCAAGGCUCUCAAUGGGUCUCUGUUCUGUUGAUCUCUACAGCUUCUAAGUUACGUCAGUUGAGAGAUACCUUCUGACUCAAUGCUGACAUUCUGUGUAAUCUCAGUCCUUUCUGUGGCCGUUGUUAUUGUAUUGUAUAAAAAUUCUACUCUUGCAUAUUUGUAGUGACUAAAACUUUGGAAAAUCAAGUUUGUCCUUUAUUAACCAGAUUGUUGUUUAUUGGGAGAGGAACUUUGUUGAUUUUUUAAUUGAUGAAAAAAUAAAGAUUUGUA